AUGUCUCCCCCUCCAACCUGCUUAGGCCUCUCCGAGCGCGGCUUUGAGCGGCUCGCGGUGCUCGUCGGGCUCGCCAUGUCUCCCUUCUGGCUCCACACGAGUCUUAUCCAGCCUGACAGCAUCGCGAUUCAUCUCGCGGCUGACACCCCGCUUGUGUGGCGCAUUGCCCACAUCCUGGAGCAGUGGGUGGGUGGCUAUGGACUCUUGUUCACCAUGUGUGGUGCACGUAACGUCUUCAUCUGGGGCUGCGAGCGCCUCUGCGACGAACCGGAAGACGAGGAGGCCCAGCGCGACCGGAUGAUAUGUGAAAUGAUGAAUCGUGCGGAAGUGGCAGCGACCUCUGCCCGCAAAGUACCCGACGAGGCACCCAACUCCGAGUCGGACGAGCCGCCGAUGUUCCCCGUGGUCCUCACGUGGGCCGCGGAGCUCCACAAUGCACACUGCGCACUCACCUCCUUUGGCGGACUGCUUUUCGCGCUAGCGAUUUUGUGCCACCGUAUGGCCUCGCACAACCAGGCGCCCAAGGCCUGGACGUUCCUCGAUGUUCUCAAGUACCUCUGGGCCGGCGCGAUCGGGGCAGUGUUGUUCAUCGGGUUCGGACUGGCGGUCCGGGGCGUGUGGUAUUGGGCACUCGGUCACUGGAACAGGACAGCGGCCCCAGCACUAGUAGAAGAAGAAGCAUAA